UUGGCGAAGCAGCAUGUUUUGGAUCUCGACAAGGUAUUUUUGUUGAUAAAUUUAAUUUGGAUGAUCGUUCUAUGCAGGGGACGUAUUACGCAAAUCAAGGCCGGAUUUUGGUGUAUAGUGAGGGAGGUGGAAAAUAUGACCCCCAUGGAAAGUUAGGGCUUAGAACGGGCCAAACUCCAACGUCAACGACGUGACGUAUGCAUGCAUGCAUGCAUGCAUGUGGUGUACUGGUGUACAUAUGUGUAUUAAUGAAUUAUGACUGCGCAACUCAUCCAAUUUUGCCCUUCAUUACAAUUACUACAAAGUUUAUUUCAAAACAUUGCAUUAAAACGGUACUUGACACAGAGAUUAAUGGCUAUCACUGUUUCAAUUUUACAGAAAAACUUUCUUACGAAGUGUAGACCCUAAGCAACCAAAAAUUGUCGAAUUCUCACUUUGAUCUAUCAUUGAACUUUGAGGUGCGAAAAUUCUCAGGGGAGGUGCAAAACGAUCUCAGGGAAGGUGCGCACUUCCCUACACCUCUCCUCAAAAUCGAACUACAGGGUGUUAUAAAAAAACUGCACCAUUCGAAAAUAUCUUCAUACAAGACAUUAUCAGAGCGAAUGUACUACCAGACAUUCUCCAAAUAAAAGAAUUACCAAAUUUGAGGUCUUGUUAACUCAAAUCUCGAGCACAAAAGACGCUUCUAUUCGGAGUAUAUUUUUGUAUUAUAUUUCCCCACGUUCGUUCGUUCGUUCGUUCGUUCGGACGAACCAUCUGUCUCUACUCUCUGGUAGAAAUUGGACCAUUUAUAUUUCCUUUUGUUUCUUUGCUUAGCCUGCAGAGAAGAACGUGCUUGGUCCAGUAGAAGUUAAGAGCACAGACGAUGAGGUAUACUCAAUAUUCCAAAUGAUAUGUUCCAAUACCUGUGCAAUGUACAAGUAUAGUUUAUAUUUAUUAAAGGCACAGUUCAGCCUUUUCAAUGAUGGUUUUUAAGGUGCAUUUCAGCCCUUUUAAUUGAAGAAACUAACUAGGAAAAUCAAUUAUGCAUAAUUCAAGUUCAGUAAACUCAAUGUUUUAGUAACAUUUUAAAACAUUUUAAAUAAUAGAUAUCUAUUAUUUCUAUGUUUGAAACACAGCAAAGUGGUUUCUACUCUCUUUUAUUACUGUGAUAUAAAGAAGACGAAAUGAUGGCAGUGUCCUUUGUGUUUUGCUCCUUAACAAUUAAACGUGCUUCUAACCCGAAAUGUGAUUUUUUGUAUGUGUAAUAUUUGGGUCGUUCUAAGAAAAAAUGUAAUGUAUCAUUAUAGUAAAAAACCUCAUCUGGAUCAACUUUUCACUGUCAAAGUUUUCAGAUAUGAUGUCAUCAGAUGAAAUGCAAAUUAGUUUGCCUUUGUUUUUUGACCCAAAGAUUCAUCUACCUGUAAUGAGAUCCUAUCUGGGAACUCUGACAGUGAAGAAGUUGAUCAAGAUGACAUUUUUACCAUAAAAAUAUAUACAUUUCUUUAUGGAAGAGGUUACUUCGCUGGCCUCAGAGUGACAAAACGUAACAAAGCAACGGUUUUACUAACACUGACCCCUAACCUAACCCUACUCCAAGUUUGUUUCUAAACCAAGUUAAACCAUGAAAAAAGUUUUGACGAAAUGUCAUUCUGAGGUCAGCGAAAUAACUUUCCAAAUAUUACACAUUUGGGGGUAGUCGCACUUAUGUAAUUCAAUUAAUCAAUGGACCAUUUGCAUUAUAGACUAAAUUUUGGUCUAGACAAAAAUUUCAUCACAGCUUGAAAGAGCAUCACAAAAUUAGUAAUAUUCCAAAGUUUCGUUGCGAAAUGUUGUAAAAUGCGGAUAAUAUAGCCUUGCGAAAUUUGCAAUUUUCAGUCAUUUUGUAUUACAAACGGGAAAUUGAUGCCCCAACACCCGAUUGGGCUGUCAAUUUUCCGUGCGUAAUACAAAAUGACUGAAAAACGGCAAACUUCGCAUGGCUAUAUUAUCCGCAUUUUACAACAUUUCGCAACGAAACUUUGGAAUAUUACUAAUUUUGUGAUGCUCUUUCAAGCUGUGAUGAAAUUUUUUUCUAUAUCAAAAUUUAGUUUAUAAUGCAAAUGGUCCAUUGAAAUAUUAAACUAUUGUUCAUCCAAUUGUAGGAAGAAAGUGUCUGUAAAACUUCCCCACCUAUCCAAUUCCCCGUGUCACCAACCCCACCUUCCCAAUCACCUGCCAGCUCACCCCUCAAAUCACCCACACAAUCAUCUGGCCUUAGCACCUCCUCACUACACGAAUGUCCUCUCUGUGAGAAAUUCUUCCCACGGGAAACCAUAGAAUUCCACGCAUCAACUUGCGUGGGUGCCACGACACGCGAGACGAUUGUGCUGACGAGCCCCACGCGGGAGAGUGACGCAGAAGUAGUGGAGAUACAACAGGUACAUUCGCCAGUCAAUACCGCGUACGACGUGGUUCCAAAUGAGUCCGUUCCUUGCCCAUUUUGCAGAUGUUGGUUUCCAAGCUCACGGAUCAAUGUACAUGCUAAUAUCUGUGUUGAAUCUGGGCCUUUAAUGUCGUUUUGAAAAUACUGAUGAAUGGCGGGGAGAUGUGUUAGGUAUAAAGGGCUGUUCAUAUGAUCCCACUAAAUGACCGAGACGUCUUGCCCAGCGAGACGAAUAUUUCUGCGCGUUCAUAUGGCGAGUGUUUAAUCCCGCUUGCCGAGACGAGAUUACAAUGUAUAGUUCUAUAAUUAGCGGGUGCAAAACGUCUACAUUUCAGUCAAGCAAUACAAAUAUUUAGCGAUUUUAGUGUUUUUCUUCGUUUAUUUACAAGAAAAAGUAUUGCUUUAGCAGCGUGUUUAAUACUUGUGUACGAAACAAACAUAAACUAAGUAAAAAGUGUUAAAUUAAGACUUGUUUGACUUCAUACCGGUAAGCGGGCUUGCGUGUUCUUAUGGAAAAUCUUUCAUCCCGCCCACCUAUGAUCUCGGCAAAUUCAAGCGAUAUCUGAAAGCGGGCCAGCUCUCUUUCUCAUAUGAACACAAUACAAAAUUUUAUAGGGAAAUAACUAGGCGGCGUGAUCAUCGGUAAGUGGGAUGCCCGGUAAGCGGGACCAUAUUAAACAGGUCCUAAGGGCGCUUUCCAUUAACACGGCCAAACUGAUCAGAACGGUCAAAUUGUUGAAUGAAACACAAAACAUUUGGGCUUUGGACCUAUCUGAACGGAAAAUUUAGAUAACAUUAGAAUGAGGUCCAUUUUCGCUAGAUAUUUGAGAAACAUAGACCAGAUCUUUCCAUUGAUACAGACCGGUCAGGCCAUUGAAUGGAAAGCAACCUAAGAUACUGUAGGUACUUUAUAGUACGUGAUGAUCCGGGUGUAUUCGCGUAUCAAAAUAAAACGUUCGUCGCAAGUCACCUUUUUGGAGUACUACGAAAGUACUAACCAAUCAUUUAAAAACGUUUUUGAUACGUUUCGUUACUGUAUGCUUGAAGUGGAAAACCGGCUUUAAACGUUGAAACCCCAACGUUUAAGAUAUUAUCACGUAAGGUGUACUGUACCUAAGGUAUCAUCACGUAAGGUACCGUUACUGUCGUUCCAAUUGAAGUGUUGCUCAAAUAUUGAUUCAAUACAUUACCUCGGGCUGACCAAUUCAUUUGAUCAAGUUCCUCGAAAUAUUCAUACACUUCC